CACCCUCCACCCCAGCUAUUAUUCAAGCAAGCAACCGCAAAACAAAACAAAAGGCAGCCACACCACGUGCUCUCUCUCAAGCAAAAAAAAAAAAAGAAGCUCUCAAAGGAUCAGAAAAAUAAGCAAAUCAGUGCCUAAUGCUCAAUCCUCUCACUUCAGGAUUUGUAUGCUUGGCCACUUUGUAAUGUUGUGAAUUGUUAGGGGGACUGAGAGCGGGUUCUUGGUCCCCGGUUGAUGACUGUGCUGUCUGGUGGAGUUCUAUGUUAAGGGGAGAUAAUGAGUGUAAAUCUCCAUUGCCCGUUUCUUGGGACUCCGCUUCAUGGCUCUUUAAAUGGUAGAAACAAAGGCAAGUUUGUUUAUCUGGACAGAGCACAGCGGGGGAGAAGGGCCUUUCGAAGGUGUACAUGUGCAAAACAGGAUCCAUGGAUAACUCAGGUGAUUAGGUUCUCAAAUUUGUGUGGGCAAAAUGUAGAGUUAUUGAGGAGAGCCCUUAGGUCAGGAUAUGAGUCAAAGGUAGAAUGUGAUAAAGAACCGUUUUUCCAAAGCAAGGCUUUGAUUAGGUCAUUGUCUCCCUUGUGGGAAGAGGGAUUUCUUUUAGUUAGGUGCUCUGUAUUUGCAGCAGUGAUAUCUGGGGUAUGCCUGUUGGUAUGGUAUGGGAAGACAAAAGCAAAGGGUUUUAUAGAAGCCAAGCUUUUGCCCUCUGUUUGUUCAGCAGUCAGUGAACAUAUUCAGCGUGAACUUGAGUUUGGUAAGGUCCGAAGGAUUUCACCUUUGAGCAUUACGUUGGAGUCAUGUUCAUUUGGACCUCAUAAGGAAGAAUUCUCUUGUGGUGAGGUACCCACUGUGAAAAUUCGUGUUCAUCCUUUUGCAAGUCUAAGGAGGGGGAAGAUUGUAAUUGAUAUGCUUUUGUCCCACCCAAGUCUCUUUGUUGCGCAAAAGAAAGAUUACACUUGGUUAGGGAUACCCACUUCUGAAGGUAGUCUACAGAGGCACCCAUCAACUGAAGAAGGGAUUGAUUAUCAUACUAAAACCAGGAGGCUUGUUAGAGAGGAAGCAGCUGCUCGUUGGGAAAGAAAAAGAGAUGAUGAAGCUAGGAAAGCUGCAGAGAUGGGUUACAUUGUUUCUGAGAGAAGUCCCAGUGCAUCUGAAACUGACACUUUAAAAGAGGAUGCAAUUCAUUCAACAGAUUUAAUCCACUCCAAGUCUUUUUUAUGCAUGGAUGAGAAGAUGCACUGGAGUGAUCAUCAUUGCAUGGACACUGGUUUUGAUUAUAACAUGAAGCAUGCAGAUUUGGAGAAAUCAUUUGGUAUUAAGAUUCCUGGUUCAGGACUUAAAUUCUGGUCUAGAAUGAUUAAACUGCCUAGAAAGCGCAAAUUCAAGAGGAAGGCUAAUGGAAGUGACAUUUCUGCAUCUACUGCUUCUGCCAAACGAAGAAUUCUUGAGCACAGUGCAUUAGCAGCACUUGCAUAUUUUCAGAAUCUAUCACUUGUAAAGUCUGCUGAGCUUUCUCAGUCAUCUCAAGAUUAUAAUGUUAUGAAACUCAACGCUCUUUUGAUGAAAAGUGAGGUUGAUGGUCAUGCUGGCACUUCUAUAAUGAGUAGUCAUGAAGAAACUUUAAAAGUUGAUAACCUUAAUGGAAAACAAUGUAGAGAUUCAGGAGUCAAGGACCUUACUGUAAAUAAAAAUGAUACUUCUCUUAGCAAUUUAUCUCCUACAUCUGUAGGAGAUCAGAAAGCCAGUGGAAGCUUACCGUUGGUUGGAGAUGUUGCAGGAGCUGCUAACACUAAUAUGCGUAAUGAAAAAAAUGGGGGUUUAGGUGUUCAUGAUGAAAAUUUCCAGAGUCAAAGGGGCCAGACAGCUGAAAAUUCCACUUUUAAAAAGCUUGAGACUUGGCUUGCAAAUUACCAUCCAGUUCCCAUUUGGCCACUAAGCCUACAAUCAUAUUUUCCGUCUUUCUCUAGGAAUGUGGGGGAGCUGUUAUCUUAUCUUCUCAUUGGUCCCAUGAAAAAUCUGAAGUCAGGCAUGGGUCCAAAAGUUGAAGAUCUUGCUGCAGAACUUGUUGACGGGCUAGAUGUUGUGCAGACUGAAGGCAUUGAGAAAAUUCUUCCUAUUACACUGGAUUCUGUUCAUUUCAAAGGUGGAACGCUGAUGCUUCUCGCAUAUGGUGACAGGGAGCCUAGAGAGAUGGAGAAUGUCAAUGGACAUGUGACGUUUCAAAAUCACUAUGGUCGUGUGCAUGUGCAACUGAGUGGACACUGUAAGAUGUGGAAAUCGGAUGUAGUGUCUGAAGAUGGUGGCUGGUUGUCCACAGAUGUUUUUGUUGACUCUGUUGAGCAGAAAUGGCAUGCCAAUUUAAAAAUUGCUAACCUCUAUGUUCCGCUUUUUGAGAAUAUUUUAGAGAUUCCAAUCUUGUGGUCUAAAGGGAGGGCAACUGGUGAGGUUCACAUGUGCAUGUCAAGUGGAGAAACAUUUCCUAAUCUUCAUGGGCAACUUGACGUGACGGGAUUGGCCUUUCAUAUAUAUGAUACUCCAUCAUCAUUUUCUGACAUUUCAACAAGUUUAUGUUUCCGUGGUCAACGAAUAUUUAUGCACAAUGCAAGUGGCUGGUUUGGCAGUGUUCCUUUAGAAGCUUCUGGAGAUUUUGGAAUUCAUCCUGAGGAAGGAGAGUUUCAUCUAAUGUGCCAGGUUCCUUGCGUUGAAGUAAAUUCUCUGAUGAAAACUUUCAAGAUGAGGCCUCUAUUGUUCCCGUUGGCUGGAUCAGCAACUGCUGUAUUUAACUGUCAAGGCCCUCUGGAUGCUCCAAUAUUUGUGGGAAGUGGAAUGGUUUCUAGGAAGACAUCUCAUUCAGUUUCUGAUUUUCCUGCAUCAUGCGCAUCUGAAGCACUGUUAAAAAACAAAGAAGCCGGUGCAGUGGCUGCUUUUGACUGUAUUCCACUUUCAUAUUUAUCUGCCAAUUUCACUUUUAACACUGAUAACUGUGUUGCUGACUUGUACGGAAUUAGAGCUAGCCUUGUGGAUGGAGGUGAAAUUCGAGGUGCAGGGAAUGCGUGGAUUUGCCCAGAGGGUGAGCUGGAUGAUGCCGCAAUAGAUGUGAAUUUCUCUGGAAAUUUGUCCUUUGAUAAAAUUAUGCAGCGGUAUAUACCUGGAUAUCUUCAUCUGAUGCCACUAAAAUUAGGGGAUUUAAAUGGAGAAAUGAAAAUGUCUGGAUCUCUUUUAAGACCGAGGUUUGACAUUAAAUGGAAUGCUCCAAAAGCCGAAGGUUCCUUCACUGAUGCUCGAGGAGAUAUCCUAAUUUCACAUGACUACAUCGCUGUUACUUCUUCUUCUGUUGCCUUUGAAUUAACCACAAAAAUUCAAACAUCUUAUCUUGAUGAAUACUGGCUCAGCACAACAGAGUUUGAUGCAAAGAGGGUCAUGCCAUUUAUUGUUGACGGACUUGAGUUGGAUUUACGUAUGCGUGGUUUUGAAUUUUUCAGUUUGAUAUCUUCUUAUCCUUUUGACUCUCCAAGACCAACGCAUUUGAAAGCAACUGGAAGGAUCAAGUUUCAGGGAAAGCCCUGUAGCAGUUCUAAUGAGCACAACCUUGGUUUUGAAAAGAAUAAGCAACUUUUGGAAAUGUCAGAUAAGGGAAAAACAGAUGGUCUUGUGGGUGAGGUUUUGAUCUCAGGUCUCAAGCUGAAUCAGUUGAUGGUAGCACCUCAGUUGGUUGGACAGUUGAGCAUUUCACGCGAGUGUAUCAAGUUGGAUGCCACAGGCAGGCCGGAUGAAAGUCUCACAGUAGAGUUUGUAGGGCCAUUGCAGCCUGGUAGUGAAGAUAAUCCGCAAAAUGGAAAAUUACUGUCUUUUUCCCUUCAGAAAGGACAACUAAGAGCUAAUGUUUGUUUUCGACCACUACAUUCUGCUAAUUUGGAGGUACGGAAUUUGCCUCUUGACGAAUUGGAGCUAGCUUCACUGCGGGGAACAAUACAAAGAGCAGAAAUUCAGCUUAACCUUCAGAAGAGAAGAGGUCAUGGAGUUUUAUCUGUGCUUCAGCCAAAAUUCAGUGGUGUGCUAGGUGAAGCCCUAGAUGUGGCUGCCAGAUGGAGUGGGGAUGUUAUCACUGUUGAGAAAACUGUUCUGGAACUAAGCAGUAGCCGUUAUGAGCUUCAAGGUGAAUAUGUCUUGCCUGGUACCCGAGAUCGAAGCCCUGCUGGCAAAGAAAGGGGUGGCUUGCUCAAAAGGGCAAUGGCUGGGAAUCUGGGUAGUGUCAUAUCUUCUAUGGGAAGGUGGAGAAUGAGACUUGAAGUUCCUAGAGCUGAGGUUGCUGAGAUGCUUCCACUUGCCAGACUUCUUUCUCGAAGCACAGAUCCUGCUGUUCAUUCCAGAUCAAAGGAUCUCUUUCUUCAGAGUUUGCAGUCAGUGGGAUUAUAUACUGACACUGUUAAUCAAUUGCUUGAGGUUAUACGGGGGCAUUACACUUCUUCAGAUGAAGUUAUUCUUGAAGACUUAAGUCUUCCAGGUUUAGCAGAACUUAAAGGUCGCUGGCAUGGCUCUCUUGAUGCAAGUGGUGGAGGCAAUGGGGACACAAUGGCAGAAUUUGACUUUCAUGGGGAGGAUUGGGAGUGGGGUACCUAUAAAACUCAGCGUGUUUUGGCAGGUGGUGCAUACAGCAAUGAUGAUGGUUUGCGCCUGGACAGAAUUUUCAUUCAGAAGGAUAAUGCCACAAUCCAUGCUGAUGGAACUUUGUUAGGGCCUAAAACCAAUCUUCAUUUUGCUGUUCUAAAUUUUCCUGUUAGUCUAGUCCCUACAUUGGUUCAGGUCAUUGAAUCCUCAGCUACUGAUGCUGUUCAUUCUUUGCGGCAAUUGAUAGCACCAAUUAGGGGUAUAUUGCACAUGGAAGGAGAUCUUAGAGGGAGUCUUGCAAAACCAGAAUGUGAUGUGCAAGUCAGGCUCCUUGAUGGUGCCAUUGGGGGCAUUGAUUUGGGACGAGCUGAAAUUGUUGCUUCCCUAACCUCAACCAGUCGUUUUCUAUUCAAUGCAAAAUUGGAACCUAUCAUUCAAAAUGGUCAUGUGCACAUUCAAGGAAGUGUCCCUGUUUCUUUCCAAAAUAAUAUAUUACUAGAAGAAGAUAUUGAAACAGAUAAAAGUGGAUCAGCUUGGAUCCCUGGUUGGUCAAAAGAGAAGGGUACAGGGUCUGCUGAUGAAGCCAGUGAAAAGAAAGUUUCUAGAGAUAGAAAUGAAGAAGGUUGGGAUACUCAAUUGACAGAAAGCCUUAAAGGUUUAAACUGGAACAUUUUAGAUGUAGGAGAGGUUAGAGUUGAUGCGGAUAUUAAAGAUGGGGGCAUGAUGUUGUUAACAGCUUUGUCUCCUUAUGCUAACUGGCUUCAUGGCAAUGCUGAAAUUAUGCUCCAGGUCCGAGGUACAGCUGAACAGCCAGUGCUUGAUGGAUCUGCAUCAUUCCACAGGGCGUCUAUAUCUUCGCCAGUUCUCCGAGAACCACUGACAAACUUUGGUGGCACGGUUCAUGUAAAAUCCAAUAGGUUAUGCAUCACUUCACUGGAGAGUAGAGUGAGCAGAAGGGGAAAGCUGUUUGUGAAAGGGAAUCUGCCCCUCAGAACCAGUGAAGCAUCCCUUGGGGAUAAAAUUGAAUUGAAAUGUGAAGUUCUGGAAGUACGGGCAAAGAAUAUUUUAAGUGGCCAGGUUGACACUCAGAUGCAAAUAGCUGGUUCUAUAUUGCAACCAAACAUUUCUGGGAAUGUUAAAUUGAGCCACGGAGAAGCAUAUCUACCACAUGACAAGGGUAGUGGAGCUGCUCAUUUUAAUAGAUUGGGAUCAAGUCAGUCCCAGCUUACUAGUAGUAGCAUCAAUCAUGCAGUUGCUUCGAGAUAUGUUUCGCGGUUUUUCAGUUCAGAACCUGCUACUGCAUGGACCAAAUUCUCCCCACCCACAGUUAAAUCAGCUGAAGUUGGAAAGGAAAUAGAGCAAGUAGACAUCAAACCUAAUGUAGACAUCCGCCUCAGUGAUUUGAAGCUUGUUCUGGGACCAGAAUUGAGGAUAGUUUAUCCUUUGAUUCUUAAUUUUGCUGUUAGUGGAGAGCUUGAGCUAAAUGGCCUGGCACAUCCCAAAUGGAUAAAACCUAAGGGCAUUCUAACGUUUGAAAAUGGUGAUGUGAAUCUUGUGGCAACUCAGGUGAGGCUUAAGCGAGAGCAUCUGAAUGUGGCCAAAUUUGAGCCUGAGUAUGGUCUAGAUCCAAUGCUAGAUUUAGCUUUGGUUGGAUCUGAGUGGCAAUUCAGAAUUCAAAGUCGAGCCAGCAAAUGGCAGGAAAAACUUGUGGUGACCUCAACACGUUCUGUGGAACAGGAUAGCUUAUCACCUACUGAGUUGCUUUUUCAUCCACAGGCUGCUAGAGUCUUUGAGAGUCAAUUGGCAGAGUCCAUCCUGGAAGGUGAUGGUCAGCUUGCAUUCAAAAAGCUUGCAACUGCAACACUUGAAACAUUAAUGCCAAGAAUUGAAGGGAAGGGAGAAUUUGGCCAGGCUAGGUGGAGGCUAGUAUAUGCGCCACAGAUCCCUAGCUUGCUCUCUGUUGAUCCUACAGUUGAUCCUUUCAAAUCUCUGGCCAACAAUAUUUCAUUUGGUACUGAGGUUGAAUUUCAGUUAGGGAAACGCCUUCAGGCUUCCAUUAUUAGGCAGAUGAAAGACUCAGAGAUGGCAAUGCAGUGGACCUUGAUCUACCAGCUUACAAGCCGCUUGCGAGUGCUCCUACAAUCUGCUCCAUCCAAACGCCUUCUCUUUGAAUAUUCUGCUACAUCACAAGAUUAACCAACUGGCCAUGUUCUGCCAACUAAAAUUUUGGUACACCACAUAUCUCCCCUCAAGCUGUGAUCAGCAUUGGUCAUCUGUAACAUAUUUAGUAUUUGGCCCUUCCUACAUUAAUUACACCCUUCUCCCCCUAAAUGAGAUAAGAGAAGGUUUGCAUUUUUUGAAAUGUAAAGUUAUUGUGAAUAGAUAUUAUUCUUUGCAAAAAAAAAAAAAAGCGAGAUUGUUCAUA